AAGCAAAGCGCGCAGCCAGCCACCAUCCCAUUCCCAACCCCCAACGCAAAGGCAAAACAAAGCCAAGCGGAGAGAAGUAGGAGAGCGCAGCAGGAGCAGCAAGCUGUUGUAGGUGGUGUGUGCGCGUCGCCCUCCUUCCUUCCCCCCCCCCUCGCCCUUGCUGCUGCGGAGCACACGCAACCCCGACCGACCCAUGGAGGCGCCGCCGGGGUCGGAGGCCAUGGCGCUCGACGCGCCCCCGCCAGGCGCCGCCGUCGCGGGCCCCGCUGUCGGCGACAAGAGGAAGGAGGAGGGGGGCGACCCCGUCACCGGCCACAUCAUCUCCACCACCAUCGGCGGGAAGAACGGCGAGCCAAAGCGGACAAUUAGCUACAUGGCCGAGCGAGUAGUAGGAACUGGUUCAUUUGGGAUUGUUUUCCAGGCUAAGUGCUUGGAGACAGGGGAGACCGUGGCCAUCAAGAAGGUGCUGCAGGACCGGCGUUACAAGAACCGUGAGCUGCAGCUUAUGCGCUCCAUGGACCACCCCAAUGUAGUCUCUCUGAAGCACUGCUUCUUCUCUACCACGAGCAGGGAUGAGCUGUUCUUGAACCUUGUCAUGGAGUAUGUACCUGAGACUCUAUACCGUGUGCUCAAACACUACAGCAAUGCCAACCAGCGGAUGCCGCUUAUCUAUGUCAAGCUUUACAUGUAUCAGCUUUUUAGAGGGCUGGCUUACAUUCAUGCUGUUCCAGGAGUUUGCCACAGGGAUGUGAAGCCACAAAAUGUUCUGGUUGAUCCUCUAACUCACCAAGUCAAGAUCUGUGACUUUGGAAGUGCAAAAGUUCUGGUACCUGGGGAACCUAAUAUAUCAUACAUAUGCUCUCGCUAUUAUCGCGCCCCUGAACUCAUAUUCGGUGCAACUGAAUAUACAACUUCCAUAGACAUAUGGUCAGCCGGGUGUGUUCUUGCAGAGUUACUUCUUGGCCAGCCUCUGUUUCCAGGAGAGACCGCGGUUGAUCAGUUAGUGGAGAUAAUCAAGGUUCUUGGUACUCCAACACGUGAGGAAAUACGAUGCAUGAACCCUAACUACACCGAGUUCAGAUUUCCUCAGAUAAAGGCUCAUCCUUGGCACAAGAUUUUCCACAAGAGAAUGCCUGCUGAAGCCAUAGAUCUUGCCUCUCGUCUUCUCCAAUAUUCACCAAGUCUACGGUGCACUGCUCUUGAUGCAUGUGCACAUUCCUUCUUCGAUGAGCUACGUGAGCCAAAUGCACGCUUGCCGAAUGGCCGUCCAUUCCCCCCUCUGUUCAACUUCAAGCCUGAACUAGUAAACGCCUCUCUGGAGCUUAUCAACAGGCUAAUCCCAGAACAUGUUCGACGGCAAAAUAGCCUCAACUUCGCGCAUUCUGGGAGCUAGAAACCGUGCUGCAACCCUCAACUUUUUGGUUCUUCAUCCGUGAGCUGCGCAUGCGCAGGCUCAGAUCGCCCCAUCUUCGAAGCCACUCUCCUAAAGCCAGUGGAGAGACCGAUCCAGUGCCAGAGAAAGGAGAGUACAAUUAUGUAAAUUAUCUGACCGUGAAGAAUUGAUGUUUGUUGCUGCUGCCGUUGUUAAGUAUGUGACGGCGCAUGUUGGUCGAGUUAUUACUUAUUUUUAGGUAAGGUAAUGAUGUAGGUUGGUGAAGACAUGUUAAUGCUAGGGCUUGUGACCUGUUGAUCUUGCCAUUUUUGUACUGCUUAGUAGUAUUGCCGUGCAGCUUGUGUAGCCGCACUCCCUGUUUUGUCGGUUCUACUACCUGAUGUAAAUGUCGUCGCCCAGUCGCAAUGACUAGUCUUCUGUUACAUGGUCUGGUUCCUUGUUA